GCAUAAACAGCGGCUCUGCACCCCGCCGCUCCGCCGACUCGACGCCUCUCUGCUCCCGCUGCAGCUAGAAGCGCUCCCCGCGGCUCACUCAGGCUCACACCCGUCCAUCACCGAUCACAACAACAACAACAACACCUUCAGGCAGAAUGGCAGCGCAGCACCCAGAGUUCGAGCGGGCCGGACAGAAGCCGGGCCUCCAGGUGUGGAGGGUGGAGAACUUUGACCUGGUGCCGGUCCCUGAGAACCUGUACGGAGGGUUUUAUACCGGAGACGCCUACCUCAUCCUCAACACCAUCAAACAACGCUCCGGGAACCUGCAGUAUGACCUCCACUUCUGGCUGGGUGAUUCUUGCACCCAGGAUGAGAGCGGCUCGGCGGCCAUCUUUACAGUCCAAAUGGACGACUUCCUGGGGGGGAAACCCAUCCAGUACCGCGAGGUCCAGGGAUACGAGUCCAAAACCUUCCUUGGUUACUUCAAGUCUGGACUCAAAUACAUGAAAGGAGGCGUGGCGUCUGGGUUCAAGCACGUGGUCACUAACGAGGUGCAGGUGCAGCGAGUGCUCCAGGUCAAAGGUCGCCGUUCUGUCCGGGCAACAGAGGUGGCGGUCAGCUGGGACAGCUUCAACCAGGGAGACUGCUUCAUCCUGGACCUGGGAGCUGAGAUCUACCAGUGGUGCGGCUCGCAGAGCAACCGCUUCGAGAAGCUGAAGGCUACUCAGGUCGCCAAGGGUAUCCGUGACAACGAGCGCAGUGGGAGGGCCCGGGUUUAUGUCUGUGACGAGGGAGUGGAGAGAGAGAAGAUGUUGGAGGUGUUGGGUCCUAAACCUGAUCUGCCUGGCGGAACCUGUGAUGACAUCACAGCUGAUGCUUCCAACAGGAAGAGGGCCAAACUCUACAAGGUGUCCAACGCCAGCGGGGGCAUGACCAUCGCGCUGGUGGCAGCAGAGAACCCGUUCGCCCAGAGCGCCCUGGAAUCUGGCGACUGCUUCAUUUUGGACCACGGCCCCGACGGCAAGAUCUUCGUCUGGAAAGGCAAAGACGCCAACAUGGACGAGCGAAAGGAAGCGAUGAAGGCAGCAGACGAGUUCAUCAAGAAGAUGAAUUACCCCAAACACACUCAGGUGCAGAUCCUGCCAGAGAUGGGCGAGACGCCGCUCUUCAAGCAGUUCUUCAAAAACUGGCGGGACAAAGAUCAGACGGAGGGCCUGGGCGUGGCCUACAUCGCCAACAGCAUCGCCAAGAUCGAGAAGGUGGACUUUGACGCGUCCACCCUGCACGACUCCCCCGCCAUGGCCGCCCAGCACGGCAUGGUGGAUGACGGCACCGGAGAGAAGCAGAUCUGGCGUAUUGAGGGUUCAGACAAGGCGGCGGUGGAUCCGUCCUCAUAUGGACAGUUCUACGGAGGAGACAGCUACAUCAUCCUCUAUAACUACAGUCACGGAGGACGCCAGGGACACAUUAUCUACAUGUGGCAGGGGAUGGACUCCAGUCAGGAUGAAAUCGGAACCUGUGCUCUCCUCAGCGCCCAGCUGGAUGAGGAGCUCGGCGGCGGUCCUGUGCAGGUGAGGGUGGUGCAGGGCAAAGAGCCGGCCCAUCUGAUGAGUCUGUUUGGAGGACAGCCCAUGGUGGUGUACAAGGGAGGCACGUCCCGAGAAGGAGGUCAGUCGGCUCCUGCAGAGACUCGACUCUUCCAGGUGCGCGCCAACUCUGCAGGACACACCAGAGCUGUGGAGCUUGACGCAGUGUCAUCCAACCUGAACUCCAACGAUGCUUUUAUUCUGGUGACCCCCGGCGGCUCCUUCCUGUGGGUGGGCGUGGGUGCCAGUGACACAGAGAAGCAGGGAGCCCAGCAGCUGUGUGACCUCCUGGGAGUGUCUGCCUCCGAGCUGUCUGAGGGAGGAGAAGCUGAUCAGUUCUGGGAGGCUCUGGGAGGAAAGACAGAUUACCGCACUUCUACCAGACUGAAGGACAAGAUGGACGCUCACCCACCCAGACUCUUUGCCUGCUCCAAUAAGACUGGAAACUUCAUCAUCGAGGAGGUUCCCGGGGAGAUUACCCAGGACGACCUGGCCACUGAUGAUGUCAUGAUCCUGGACACCUGGGAGCAGGUGUUUGUCUGGAUCGGAAACGAGGCCCAGGAGGAAGAGAAGACUGAAGCCAUGAAGUCUGCUGUCCGUUACAUCGAGACAGACCCGGCCAACAGAGACAAGAGGACGCCCAUCGUCAAGAUCAAGCAGAGCUUCGAGCCGCCCACCUUCACCGGCUGGUUCCUGGGCUGGGACCACGAGUACUGGGCCAGCGACCCCCUGGAGCGCGCCAUGGCCGAGCUGGCCCUGUGAGCCCUCACCUGACCCUUCUUCCAUCCCUAUCAGCCCCGACCUUUGACCCCGCUGCUCCGCUGCAAGCACUGAGCUCCGAUCACUGAGCUCCAAUCAGAAGACUUUUUUAGCUGCCAAUUAGCCCAGAAAACUUUUUUUU